GCGCGCGUGUGUGUGUAUGUUUUUUUUUUUUUUUUUUUGUUUUUUUGAAUACGGAUUAGUACAAUAAGUUUAUUGCAACUCAAUACUGUUAGAUGCAGAUGAAGUUUUAUUUAAAUUCAAUGUCAUGUAAUGCUACCGUCCUCGAAUAAUUUGCAGUGGAAUCGGUCUUUAAUAAUUCCUCUCGGCCCUUGAUGGCAUUGACUAACUGUUCCUGGUUUGAUUCUUAUGAUCUGAGGGAGUGGAUUUAGCAGUGGUGCUGCUAGGAUCUCUCUCUCUCUCUCUCUCUCUCUCUCUCUCUCUCUGUACUCUUCUCUUUACAAAAUUCCCCUAUCAACUCAAACCAAAAAGGAACAGGAGAGGGAGAGAAAUGGAAGGUUAUCUUCUGCAUGCAGUAGUGGCUCUGUCCAUUCUCCAAUUAUUCAACUCUAGCACAGCCAUCGGAUUAUUUCCUCCGACAGAAACAAACACCGACUACAUAAAAACAUCAUGCAAAGUCACAAUGUAUCCUAGGUUGUGCUACAACUCCCUCUCAAUCUACGCGGGCAAAAUCCAGACCAACCCAAAAGAACUAGUUCAUACCUCCCUCAAUGUCACCCUUGCGUUCACCCGCAUGAAAAGACCAUUGAAAGUCUACAGUUUGAACCACAAUGCAUCUGCAGCAUUGGUUGACUGCGCGGAGGAGCUUGGUGACGCAGUCGAGAUGCUCCAACAGUCGAUAGAAGAACUGGGUCGUGUAGAUGGAGCCUCCAGCUCCAGGCUUCAGUUGAGUAAUAUCCAAACCUGGGUUAGUGCCGCAUUGAUGAACGAGGAUACCUGCGUGGAUGGCUUUGCCAAUCUUCCUUUGAAUGGCAAAGUGGAAACUACUGCUCACAGGCACGUAACAAAAGCUGCGCAUCUGACAAUCAAUGCCUUGGCACUCGUCAAUGCCUAUGCCUCAGCUAAAACUGCCUCGCCUUAGAUCAAACAAUGACAAGGGCAUGCCAAUAAAUAGAAAUUAACUGCUGUGUUCUAUUAAUAAUUCAUAUGAAUACUGUAGAAUUUUAAUAAAUAAAACCUGAAAUGACGUCAAUGGUAACAGAUUUUUACCAACAAUCGAAUUCUUUACAACUAUUCAACCAUGGUAUGUCGGAAAACA